AUGUUAGUUCAUGAAGAUGGUAGUUCGAAAAAGGCUGUUGAUAGAGGAUUGGCAAUCGAUGUGAAUUCACCAUUUGCAAAGGAAAUACCCGAAGAAGCAUUUGACAAAAAAGCCGAGAAGAGAAGUUACUUGAUGAGACGUGGUGCUAUAUCAAUUGGCAUUGACAGCCUAGAAUUAGUAAAUUUUGUUGCUUAUGGUUGA